CUUAUGGGGCACUAAGUUGCAACUUUCAUUUUUCCCAGGGAUGCAGUACAUUGGUCUACAAACUUGACACUCCACGUGAGAGUGGUCAAAUGUAAUUGCUCGUGCUCUCAGUUGCCACUGCAACUGUUCGACAUAUUUCCCCAACGAAAAAAUUUUCCUUGAAGUUUUCAAAAAAGAUGAAUCCUAGAGAGAGAAAACCAGAGAGAUACCCGAACCUGUACCCCACCCCUUUCCCGGCUGAUCUCAGGCCACGGAGAAAGGACCUAACCUAUCCAGAGAGUCACCCAGUGAGGGAGAGACCAACCCGAACAACCCGAACAACCCAACCCCAACCAUACCCUCAGAGAAGUACACUGCAGGGACGAGGGAGGACAGAUCGAGAGGACUGGGCGAGAGGACAACGAAGACCUUCUUUCGGUUAUGGAAAGGGUGUGCUGGAAAGAGCUACUCCCUUUUUCUUUACCAACUUUCCGGAGGAUUGGGAGAUGGGAGAUAUGUGGAGAGUGUUCAUCAAGUUUGGGAGAGUGAUUCAAGUGUUCAUAGCAAAGAAAAGGGAUCGAAAAGGCAGACGCUUCGGAUUUGUAAGAUUCUUGGAUCUUAAGGAUACCAAGGCAGUGGAAUAUCAACUGAAUCAGAUUCAGUUUGGGCAACAAACACUACAAGCAAACCUUGCAAGGUUCUCUAUGGACGAUGCCCACAAGAGAAGGGAGGAAAAUAAGGCACACGAGGAUCUGCAUCAAAGGAACAUAGGUGUAAAGGAAGUUCAGAAAGAUAGAUCCCAAUCGUAUGCAGAUGUGGUAAAAUCGAAACAAGGAGGGACAGAAAGAAUGACAAGACCACACUGGGAAUGGAAAUCGUCAAAACAGGAAGGAGCAAAAAAGACAGAAGGCGAACAAUGGUAUGGGAUAGAAGUGAAAGCAGAGGAUGAAGACAUCAGAAGGUUGGAGAACAGCUUUGUCGGACAAUCAAAGUGUCCAGAAAUCAUCAGCACAUUACAAGACAAAUUUGCAAUGGAAGGCUAUUUCUCAGCUAAGAUCACUCCAAUGGGGGGUAACUUGGUUUUGAUAUCAAGUGAGGAUGAAGAGGAACUCAAAUAUCUAGUCAGGGAAGGUCGGGAUUGGCUAUCACAAUGGUUCACAGACAUCAGACCAUGGACGCCAGAGGAGGUUGCAGCUGAGAGAUUUACAUGGCUUAGAUGCCAAGGAGUGCCACUGCACAUUUGGAAGAGUAACUUCUUCGAAACAGUUGCAUGCAUGUUUGGGAAAUUUGUAUCGUUGGAUGGGAGCACAAUCAAAAAGUCCAGGUUAGAUGUAGCAAAAGUGUUGAUUCUAACACCGCUGCAGGAAAACAUCAACAAGACUUUGAAGAUUAAAGUAAAAAAUCGAUUCUUUCAAGUUAGAAUCAGUGAGGAAGUAGGAGUGGAUAAUAUAUUUACACUUCAAUCAGACUUCAAUCUCUGUAGAAAUGAUGAUUCCACUUCAGAAUCCUGGUCUGAGGGAUCAAACUGGGGUGUGGUAGAAGAGGAAGAAAGCUGGGAUGACUGGGAAGUAGCCAUCGAAAAGGCGGGAACAGAAAAGAAUAACAGUGUUGAGCCAAGUCGGCCGGCGGAGCACACACCGGAAGAGGAGAAAUUUGAAAAAGUCUCAGAGACUGCAAUGGAUAACUGAGCCAAAUUUAAGAAGGAAACAGAACCAGCAAACGACAGAGGAGGUGGAAGAAAACACAUCCCACGUG